CCUCCCUCUGGAUAUUUGGUAUGAGCCUACAAAGCGUUGCUUACUCCACUCUCCCUGACCCACUAGCCUUGGGAUUUUAUCUCUCUAGUCUAGUUCAUGUUCGGUCCGGAAUAGGCAAGAAUGCCAUGGAAAAAAGGGCAGAGGCAGAGAUAAGAUACUGUUGUUGGAAGCCCCAGCUGUAGUGACAGAGGCAUGCCAGUAGAAGCUGUGGAAGACACACACAUACACGCACACAAACAAACACCCACAUCUAUACACAACCUCUGAAAAGCCCUGGUCUCCCUUUUGUCGUGGAUCACUUGCAGGCUGGCCAGGUCCUCAGGAGACUGAAGCUACGUUUGGAGUUUGCUUUUAAACAGUUGUGUGUUGUGUGUGUGUGGCACUCUGUGUGUGUUUGAGUGUGCGUGCGCGUUUCAACAGUUUUCAGCCAUGCUCUCCUUAGCCGCCUUCAGACUUCGACUAAGGGCCUCAGUAUGCCGAGAAGGGAGGCGUACCAUAGCGACUGUUGUCUCUGGCAACAAGACCUCUAAGCUGGUGAAGGAGAGGUUGAAUAAGGAUGUGGAGAAGAUGAGGACACAGUUCCCUGGUUUCCGACCAGGUCUGGUGGUGUUACAGGUGGGAGACCGAGAGGACUCUAAUCUCUACAUUAGCAUGAAGCUAAAAGCUGCUGCCGAGAUUGGAAUCUGUGCCAGUCAUGUCAGGCUGCCUAAAACUGCCAAAGAGGAUGAGGUUCUACGUAGUAUUGUGGCUGUCAAUGAAAACCCUGCCGUACAUGGCCUCAUCGUCCAGUUACCCUUGGACUCUGUCCACCCAAUGGACACAGAGAAGGUAACCAACGCUGUAGCACCGGAGAAAGAUGUUGACGGCCUGACCAGCAUUAAUGCGGGAAAGCUCUCUCGUGGAGACCUGGGGGACUGUUUUGUCCCCUGUACCCCCAAUGGCUGCAUGGAGCUCAUUGGUCAAACAGGUGUGUCAGUUGCAGGGAAGAACGCUGUGGUUAUUGGACGCAGUAAAAUAGUUGGGGCUCCAAUGCAUGACUUGCUUCUAUGGAGCCAUGCCACUGUGACCACCUGCCACUCUAGAACACAUGACUUAGCCGCUCAGGUUGGCAGAGCAGACAUUUUAGUAGUAGGCGCAGGGAAGGCUGAGAUGGUGAGGGGAGAGUGGGUGAAAGAGGGAGCCGUUGUCAUAGAUUGCGGCAUCAACCACAUACAAGAUGAGACCAAGCCGAGUGGUAAGCGGGUGGUGGGGGACGUCCACUAUCACUCUGCCAAGGAGAAGGCAGGGUACAUUACCCCGGUACCUGGGGGAGUGGGUCCCAUGACGGUUGCCAUGCUAAUGAAGAACACUGUCCAGAGUGCCAAGCGCUUUCUCAAGACCUACAAAGCAGGGAAGUGGAACAUUUCCUACUCCAAGUUGAAACUCCACAAACCUCAGCCUAGCUAUGAUGUCAUCCAACACUCCUGCACGCCAAAGACGAUUGCACAACUGGCCAGAGAGAUUGGACUUUUCACAGAGGAGGCGGAGCCAUACGGGAUGACUAGAGCCAAAGUUCGCCUCGAUGUCAUGAAGCGCCUCAAGGCACAAACCAAUGGGAAAUAUGUUGUGGUUACAGGGAUCACACCCACGCCAAUGGGUGAGGGGAAGUCUACUACCACACUAGGGUUGGCACAGGCCCUGGGGGCUCACCUGAAUGUCAACUCUUUUGCCUGUGUCCGCCAACCCAGUCAGGGCUCUGCAUUUGGGAUCAAAAGUGGUGCUGUUGGUGGAGGUUAUUCUCAAGUUCUUCCCAUGGAGGAGGUCAGUCUUCACCUCAACGGAGAUACCCAGGCUGUCACUGCUGCCAGUGGGCUGGUGGUGGACACUAUCAAUGCCCGUUUGCAUUUUGAAUCCACCCAGUCUGACAAGACUUUAUUUGACCGACUGGUGCCUCUCAAACACAAUCAUAGGAAGUUUUCCCAAUCCCAGAUCAAUAGACUAAAGAGACUGGGUAUAGAUAAAACAGACCCGCUAACAUUGAACGCAGAGGAGACACUCAGACUGAUCCGUCUGGAUAUGGGUCCACAGGCAAAGAUGGAGCAGGUGAGUGGGUGGGUGGCCAAUGAGAUCAUGGCUGUCUUGGCCCUCAGUAGCGGUUGGGAGGACAUGACGAGACGCCUGGCACGGAUGGUGGUGGCCACCAAUCACAAAGGCAACCCAAUAACCACUGAAGAUCUGGGAAUUAGUGGGGUGUUGGCCUCCCUGAUGAGAGAAGCUCUGAAGCCCACCCUUAUGCAGACACUGGAGGGGACACCAGUGUUCAUUCACACUUGCCCAUCUUCAGAUAUCGCCCAUGGCAACUCCUCCAUUUUGGCUGACCAGAUUGCCUUGAAGCUGGUGGGCCAAGAGGGAGUUGUGGUUACUGAAGCAGGAGGAAGUGCCGACGUGGGCUUGGAGAAGUUCUUCGACAUCAAGUGUCGGUCCUCCGGCCUGCGGCCCGACGUGGUGGUGGUUGUGGUCACAGUCCACAGUCUGAAGAUGCACGGGGGUGGUCCGACACUCUCUGCAGUUUCAACCCUUCCCAGAGAGUCCUCUAAAGAGAACCUGAAGUUGUUGGAGAGUGGCUGCAGCCACUUGAAGAAACAAGUGGAGAAUGCCAAGGCCUUUGGCUUGCCUGUGGUGGUGGCCGUCAAUACCUUCAGCACUGAUACUGCUGCAGAGCUGGAACUGGUGUGUUCCCAGGCAAGCCAAGCAGGUGCGGUGCAGGCAGUGCCAUGCUCACCCUGGGCUGAAGGGGGCGCCGGAUCUGUGGCUUUGGCCGAGGCUGUACUGAGGGCAGCAGAAACUCCCCGGCAGUUCAGCUUCCUGUAUGAACUUGAGGUUCCUGUUGUGGACAAGAUUCGUAUUAUCGCCAAGACGAUGUAUGGUGCUGACGAUGUGGAGUUCCAUGCAGAGGCCCAGGAGAGUUUAGCCAAGUACAUGAAACAAGGCUUGGCCAAUUUGCCCAUUUGCAUUGCAAAGACCCACCUGUCCCUGUCCCACGACCCCGAAAGAAAAGGCGUGCCCACAGCCUUCACUCUGCCCAUUAGAGACUUCCGUGCCAACGUGGGAGCCGGGUUCCUUAUACCCUUAGUGGGCACAUCACCACCCCAAGCAUCUACCCUCUCUUGUUGCUAUGACAACGACCUCUGCACAGAAAGCAAAUAGACCCCGUCAGUCCCAGCCAACGAUGGGCCCACUUACUAAGAUUGAUGGAGGUUAAGGGCUUUUAUCCUACAUAUCCACUACAGAACCAGUCUUUGCCGGUUCAUCUCCUGUUGCAGGAAAACAGUGACCCAGACACAAAGGAGCUCCAGACUGUCUGAUGAGGCAAACGUGUGUGGGAGUGGAGCUCUUGUCCUGGGCAAGGAAUUUUGUGCCCACUUCUCCUAAAAGGCUUUACCCCAAUGAAAGGAGGGAAUGUUCUCCUUCUCAUAUCACUGAUCAACCUCCACUCUGGACAAUGGAGCAUAAACAGUUACGUAGACAGCCAGAGAUGUCUGUAUUUCCCUUUUCAUUUUUGGUGCUUCUAUCCAGAAAGUAUCUUACUGUGGUGUGUAAAAAUCAAGGGUCAGAUGAUCAGAGACACACUCACAAAUACACUCCCACAAACACACAAGUCCAUGUCUGGAAUACAGCUCAAAGUGUCACCAAGGUCCUCAGUGUCCCCUUGAAAGACCCAUUUACUAGCUGCUCCUGCCUGUUAGUCUGCCUGCACCUCGGCUGUGACAAGUGAAAAGAAGUCGUAGGAAUUACAAAAUUACGAUUGUAAUUUUUUAUAGGGCUUGACCAAAUGCUUCAUAGACUUGUGUAUAUUUAGUAAGGCUAUUCAAGGUUAAUAAUCAAUCUUACCAAUAGAAGGAUAAAGUAUGUUAAAAGCCAUUGAUUGAAUUUAACUGUCAAUUUAAUCUGAGAGUCAUUUGUCAAAUCAUUGUUACACAACUAAUGAGUCCCAGUCAUGGGCUGUGUUCCAAUACUUUUUUGUCUUUCUCCCUAUUGUUUACUAAAUGGUUGAGCCAGACUUGUGUGACAGACUGUGUCAUUCAUGCUGGCUUUCAGUCCUAAGUAGCUGCCAUCUCAUUUGGUUGUUAUUUAGGACCCAUUUAUCAUUCCUGACACAUUUUAAUCAAAUGUAAUAAUUCUAUUGAUAGAUAUUCAUACUAUAUUGCCUUUUCAUUGGUCAUUACAUAGAGGGCUAUGGAAAUGACUUUACAGUAUUUUGCUACAGGCUUUAACUUGAAAUGUCUCACCAUAACCUGUUGGCGCUAACAUAUGGGAAUUAAAGUUGUCUUUUAAUUGUUUUAUGACUUUCACCAAUGAGCUAACCUCAUGUAGCUGCAGGCUUUCUUUCUUCACAAAAUUGAGUUGCAUCUCAAAGACGUUUCAACACUGUGGGUGCAAUAAACACAUUCAUGUUAUUUACACAAUUAUGUUCACAACUCUGUUAGAUUCAACCUGACUAUUUAUUCAGGAUGAAUAUCAUGACAACUUUUGUAUUAGCUUUUUUGAUUGUUGCUAGAGGCUAUGUUGAUAUGUAAAGUAUUCUGUAGAAUACAGAAUGCAUGUUCCAUGAUGAGGACAAAGAAUGGAUGAGCAGUGUUAGGUUUUUGUAGCUUGUCAGUCUCCUGGGAACCAGGCCAGCCUGCAAGGGAUUCAUGCCCAAAACAAUGUGUGUGUAAAUACAGAGAGGGUGUUUGGGGAUGUAUUAUUUUCAAAAUGUUGUAAUCAAAGAAAGUCUAAUCCACAAGGAAAAGACACAAUCUAAUAAAGUGUUAGAUUUAGUUUUGCAGGCAAGUGGGGUACAAUGUCCUCAUCUUUAGACAAGAACAGAUAAUGAGAAAAGGAUCUUUCCUCAGUAAUGACCUUCUCCUUCGUCCAUUCUUUCCUCUUCUGCUCUCUCUCUCUUGCUUGAUCUCACUAUCUAUACAGUCUCUCCUACUCAGAACACACACACUGACUUCAGAGAAAGUGACCAGGGUUACCUUUGUCCUUUGAAGGGCUGGUUGAUGGUAUCCAAUAUCUACCUUAUCUUGACAUUGCGAAAUUAAAUGUCUGUGACCUUCAAAAGCCUACUGUUGCUAUAGUUUUAAGUACUAAUGAUACAAUUGUAUUAUGGUGGGUUACGGCACAGCACAGCAAUGCACAGCUUCUUGAUGUCCACCCAGGAAAGAUCUUCACUGAUAUGUGUGUGUGCGCAUGAGAAAGGAGAGAGAGAGCGGGCACAGUAGCUUACAUCCAUUAAAGAACAUUCUUGUAUUUCUAAUGAUACCAACUAUUUACCUGAACUCACUGUAGGUGAUGUACACGGUACAAUUCAAAAUGCUUUUUUUCUGUCCUGUUAUGCAACCAACUGCAAGUAAGUGACAUGUUUGUAUAUUUUGAAAAACACAACUCAAUGUGAAGUAUAUUGUUUUUGUUAGUAUUUGCUUUGUGCUUGGUGGUCAUAAUGUAAUUCCGACCUGGGUCUUUGAAAGCAGGCUCUACUUUUGAAAUCUCAUUUUCUCUUGCAUAUAUUUGUGAAUUUAAUUUUCUUCUGAGAGUCUGGGAUAAUCUUUGAUUUUUGUCAUGCAAUAUUCAGAGGGCUAUAAAGUGCUUUUCCUUCUUCUCUUCAAAUGCACCACCUCCAAGAAGCAAAAUAAAUUUUUGGGAGAGGAGGAGAAAUAUUACAAAUCUUCCUAAAUAGAUUUUAAAUGAUGAGCAAACUAAGUGAAACACAGCUUUGUUAUUUGUAUGAAAAUAUUUUUGUAAAAAAAAAUCAUGAGGCAGUUCAGAGUUGGCUUCUUCAUGUGGUUGAAUCCAAGGUAUCAUACAGUAAUGAGCAUAGUAAAGCACAUUAAACAAGGCAAACUCAAGCUAGCAUACAGUCUUUAAAAAUAUCUUGUGAAUAUUAAUAUGAUUGUGCCAAUGCAAUUGUACAUCACAUCAAUUUUCAUCUUUUACCGUAAGAACCAGUCAAUGUCCAUCACCGCAGAUUGUGAUGCCUUGUGGUCCAAGGCUAAAUGGGUUCAAGCCAAUGGGUAUGUAGCACCAGUAUCAGGUUGCCAUGAUAUACAUCCAUUUAUGUCACAUGACUAUUACUUUCAGGAGGUUUUCAGGCCACUGAGACUUCUCGCUACUAAAUAUUUAUUGGGAUGUCCUGUGGAAGACCGACAGUUGCUCAAAAUAUGCCACCUAUUAAAAGCUUUUCUCUCCAUCACUUAUGCAGCAUGCCGACAGACAUGCCAGUUGUCACUAUGACAUACAGUACAAGCUAAUAGUGUGUUCACUGUAUGUACAGUACAUUUCCAAGUCAAAUUACAUUAUUCAGCACAGCAUAAUUUAAAACAAGUAAUGUCUCAGUGCCAUUGUAAUAUGUCUAAACUAAUUCCCAGUUGUGUGUGAAUCUCACUGAUAACAAAACAAUGUCAGGGAUACAAAUGUGACAGAUCCAAGUCAUAGAGAGAGAGACGCAGUGAGACUAUGCAGCACAUUGCUUUCCACAUGGCUUCAUCAGUCAGCUUGCAUGCUUUCCCUACCACCCGCUCUCCUACAGUGGGGAGUCCAAGGACAUAUAUCGAUUGGCUUGGGCUACUCUGCCCCCCUUACCUCCUUACUGGCACGGAGACACCCAAAGAGGAGUACCGUUCCCAAGAUGAGAGCAAUGACCGAAACGACCAUCCUCAUUUAUACAACGGUUGUCUCCUCAUUCAUACGCUUCUCUCCAUUAAGCCACCAUAGUAGAGGCAGACAGGAGAUAUAGAGCUGUCUUAGGAACUGGGACAGUUUCUGUUGACAGACUAUUAACAGCCCUUAAACAAAGGGUGUACUGAGUCACAUGAUUGAUUAAUGACUCAUCAGCUAGUCAUUGAUGAUUCUUAGUCCUGCUGCUAAAUUAUGCAGGCUGUUGUAUUGACAAAAGCCAUUGUGAACCACUUUGCUUAAUUUGACAAUUAAACAUUUCAGCAAGAUAUUGUAAAAAGCCAAGUUGUUUUUAUCUGCACUUUGAUCUACUUUAAAUC